GGGUCGGCGGAGAAGGGGAAGACGGGAAUCGGGAGCGGACCAAGCGACGUCGGGAAGGAACCGGCCGGCGAGCAGAAAGAAGCGACGAGUGCUUGGCGUACGGUUUGUGUGGUGCGCGCUACCGAGAGACAGACUUCAUAGAGUGUACGCGAUCGAGGAGGCGAGGCUUCUUAGGGAAAAGAGAACGAGAGCGACUUUGCGCAGGAGUAACUGCGAGUAGCUUCGAACGGAAGCAAAAGAAGAAAAGAAAGAGAGAGAGAGAAAUAGAGAGACGCAGUAGCAAGAAUGACGAUGGCAACUGAGACGGAGAACAACGGCCCCGAGAGCAAGGAGAUCAAGGACGUGAAGGAGAUGAAGGAGGCGUUGAAGGACGACGCACCGGAUAACAAGCAGGAGGAGAAGGACGCGGCGAAGAAGGACGAGACGGCCGGCAAGAAGGACGAUGACGCCGCCGCCGCGGCUGCUGCCGGCGGUGCGGCCGCGGCGCCGGCGAAGGCCAACGUCGUGCAUCAUCCCGAUUACGAGAAAGAUGUUGUUUAUCUCUAUCAGUUCCCGCGGACGCCACUGCUACCCUCCUUAUCCCCGUACGGUCUCAAGGUGGAGACGUGGUUGCGAUUGAACGGCAUCAAAUACGAGAAUGUUGAUCACAAGAUGAAAUUCCGCUCUAAGAAGGGCCAAUUGCCGUUCGUUGAACUGAACGGCGAGGAGAUCGCCGAUAGUACUAUCAUUCUGCGGGAACUGAGCCAGAAAUUCGGCAAGGAUCUUGACGCCGGUCUCACAUCCGAGCAGCGAAGCGUCUCCCACGCCAUGAUAUCCAUGAUCGAGAAUCAUCUCGUUUGGGUGGUCGCGUGCUGGCGCACAAAGAAUUUGGAUCAAGUCCUGAAGGGCUACAAGGUCAAUCUGCAGCUUGCACUGGGAUCACGUAUACCCAAUUCGAUUCUGAACUUCUUCUUCAAGCUCACGUUUGGACGCAAGGGUGCGAGGAAAGUGAAGGCUCAAGGAAUGGGCGUGCAUAGUCCGGAGGAGGUGUCUCAGUUUGGUUGCACCGAUCUCAAGGUGCUUUCGGACACGCUUGCCGACAAGCCCUUCUUCUUCGGAGACGAGCCGACUACCAUGGAUGUAGUAGCGUUCGCGCAUCUCGCUCAAAUCUUGUACAUCGACAAAGACACGCCCUACAGCCUGCGAGAUUACAUGGUAGAGAACUGUCCCAACUUGGUCGGUCAUUGCUCGCGCGUCAAGGAACGAUGCUUCCCGGAUUGGGACGAAAUCUGCUCCAGUCUGGAUAUGAACACGCAUCUGCCGAAGCCUGAAAAACAAGAAGAGAAGGAGGGCAAAGAAGAAGCGAAGGAGUCCAAAGAGUCUAAGGAGGAAAAAGAGGGCGAUAAAGAGAAGGCGGAUAAGGAAGAAAAGGAAGUUGAGAAAGACAAGGAGGUUGACGAGAACAAAGAAAAAGGCAAAUCAAGCGAUCAGUGUAUGUGA